AUGAAUCAACUCGGAGAAGUCGCAACCCCAUUGACUUUGCCUUCGGGGCUGGUCUUGUCGAAUAGGCUAGUCAAAGCAGCCAUGGCUGAGCAACUUGCAAAGAACGGUCAAGCCAGUUCAGAUCUGGUGAGAGUAUACGAAAGAUGGGGACAGGGUGGUUGGGGGGCAAUCAUGACUGGCAAUGUCAUGGUCGAUGAGAAAUACAUGGGCUCGCCGCAAGACACUGCUAUCCAGAACAAAAGUUCUGCAGAGAUUGAGAAAUGGCACAAGAUUGCCAGCGGUAUUAAAGCUCAGGGAGCACUCGCUCUCAUGCAGAUCAACCACCCAGGACGUCAAUCACCAGCCGGUGCAGGAUCACGCGGUUUCUUGGAGAAGAAUGUCGCACCUAGCGCCGUACCUAUCAACUUCGGUGAAAGCAUAGUCGUCAAAACGAUAGUGAAGUUGCUGUUCGGAACCCCGGCCGAGAUGUCCAUUAUUCAGGUUCAGACAGUCAUCAACCAAUUCGUGGAUGCUGCGAAGUUUGCUCAGCAGACCGGCUUCGAUGGCGUUACCAUUCAUGCGGCACAUGGAUAUCUACUCAGCGACUUUCUAUCGCCUAAGUCAAACACUAGGACUGAUGACUACGGAGGCACGCCAGAGAAGAGGGCGAGGAUCAUCGUAGAGAUCAUCAGAGCCAUCCGAGAAGUUGUGGGAGCGACGUUCAGCGUCAGUGUGAAGAUGAACUCGUCGGAUCAACAACACGAUGCUGGAUCUGAUGCAGUGUUGAGACAAGUCGAUGUGCUUGUCGCUGAAGGCGUUGAUUUCCUCGAGAUCAGUGGAGGAUCAUAUGAGAACCCUAGAAUGAUUGGCGGUGAUGAGGCUCCAGCCAAGUCAGAACGAACACAAAAACGAGAGGCCUUCUUCCUCGACUUCGCCCUCGCGGUCCGCGAAAGACAUCCUACACUUCAACUCAUGCUCACAGGCGGCUUCCGCACACGAGCUGGUAUGAACUCAGCAUUGAUAUCGAAGGGCUGCGACAUGAUUGGAGUUGGAAGACCUGCUGCCACAGUCCCAGAUUUCCCUUGCUCAGUGGUUGGUAUCGAGGCUCAGAAAGAAGUCAGUGAUGCAGAGGCGGGCAUGCAACUCGAGAAGAUCAAGGAGCCUUGGUUUUUGAAGCAUCUGCCGUUCCCUCAGUUGCAAAGGGCUCUGGCGGGAGGUGCUGAGACAAUGUAUUAUGGCCAAAAGAUCAGGGACAUGGUCAAGGCAUGA